UAGGGUGCAAUGGUAAUGCCUGUCUGUUGGGCUGUCAAUGAUGUUUGAUUGGCAACGAAUGUUUGGGCAUGGGGCGUUGCUAUCUCCAUACAAUUGGUGUGCUCGGCCUUAUGGCAAUGGAAUCACAUGCGUGCGUUGCUAGGCGAUGCGGCCUCACAUCCUGGCAUCGAUUAAACAUUCGCAAAAUUUGCAUUUCAUAAGUCGGGGUAAGCUUAGACUGGAAUAAGGAAGGGUCGACGAAUGCGUGCCUGGGAGACACAAUAAUUAAAAAGCUAUUUGGAGAUAGGGGCAGGCGAUUGGCUAAGGAGUGCGAGUGGGCUGGCUCAUCCCCCGCGACGCCGGGGUAACUCCCAAAAUGAGCACGACACCAAAAUGGUACUGCCGCAACAAAUCGCAGCCGAUGCACACGUUCGCGGAAAUCGGAAAUUUGGGCCUGGAACUGCGACGCAUUACCAAGCGGAUUGUGAUCGAUGUUAACUCGUCCAUAUUCAGCGAUCAUGAUACCAUUUUGGAGGAGUGCGAGCAUGUGGUGGAGCUCUACUGGAGCCUGAAGGACGAAACCAAAAAUGCAGAUUUUCAGUCGCUCUCGAAAAAGAUCAAGCGCAGCCCCUACAACGCGCUGCUCAUGCGCAAGUUCAAUCUGAUCAUGGAGCUGAACGACAGACGCUUCUGCCAGCUGACCUUCGUGCUCAAGCGCACGCUCUGUCUGCUCUUGCGCAAGUCGAUGCAGUCAGAGAUGUGGCUCAACUGGGCACUGCAUAUCACCCAGCUGUACAACAAGUGCCGCAAUGUGAACGCGAGCCAGAAGCAGUGGCCACCCAAAGCGCCAGCGGAGCAGGAGGCACCACUAGAGGAGGAAGAGAAUGAGCCGAAAUUGAGUGGGAAAUGCAAGGAGGAGAUGCAUGCCAAUGUGUGCAGCAAUAUGUAUCCAGCUCUGCUAAUGUCCCUCCGAAACAUUGACUUUGGCUUCGUGCUGCAGUGUGUGGCCCAAACCCGAGUAGAGCAGAAUGCGUUGGACUUGAUUUUUGGACUCUUCAACAUGGGUGAGCAGGAUGCCUGGCGUGAGCAACAGCAGCAGCACCACAACCACGAGUCCACCUCUUCAAGCUUGGAGAUCCUGCGCACAUUGAAUAUCUCCUUUGCUGCUGGCGAGUACCAACAGUACUGCGAUCCUGGCCAGGACUACAAAUCCAUGCAGCUAGCAGCUCCAGAUGCCGGCGAUAAUCAGAGCCUACGCUGCAAGCACACCGAGAGCUUCCUGCAGAAGGAGCGCCUCUUCAUAGCACAACUUAUAACCAAGGCCACGGAGAUCUGUCCAACUAUAUUCGAUAGCCGCCGGACAGGAGAGGUGGACAUGAAUGCCUACAUCGUGCGCGGCCUGCGUUUGCUGUGGUCCUAUGUGGGCAUCAUAUUGGAUCACAUAUUGCUCUGGUGGAUAGACACGCCGAUGUCUUGCUAUAAUCUCACCCACAUCGACUCCAUACGUUGCUGGCUAUUUCACCAGAGUGUGAAUGAUAUACCCGAACCGGUGUACUCCACGCUACGUGGUAUUGGCGAGAUUCUGACUGGCUUCAUGUGUAACAACAUCUGGGAUCAGCUCUUUCGCUUGGCUCUCGUAUCGUCGAGCAAUCCAAAACGUUUGGUUGAACAGGUCGUCGAGCAGUAUCGUGAUUUCCCCAAGAACGAGCACGGCACGCCCACUGGUACGGUGUGGAUCAGCGUCUUCUCCAACUUGGUCAACCUGAGCAAUCAAUACUUUGCUAACACGGAUGCCCACAAUAAUUCGAGUCUGCUGCCAGUUGCCGAACAAAUACCCAUACUACACAGGCUGGAUCACUCGGUGCACUCGAUGCGUCUGUGGGUCACCGAGCAGGCGAAGCUGCUGUGCUGCGAGUGGAAAAUGGAUCGCUUCUUCCAAAUACUGGAGCACGAUGUGAAGCAAUGCCUGAGUGUCUUCACUACCUUCAAACUGCCCAAACUCACUGCCGAUCUGAGCGAUAUACUGAUGUUAGUGUGCGUGGCGCUACGCACAAAGCUCAUCACUGAGGUCACAAAUAAUAUAGAUUUGCUUAAGAAAACAACCGAUGAAUGUGUUCAGAUAUUGUCGGCGGUCUGCCGCAUCGUCAGCCUGGCCAAUUUCACGCUCUGCUUUCCGGCGGCCAGCCAUUGGCAGCGUAGCGUCUACGACAACGAGGAGAAGAGCUUGUAUGUGGGCUAUGUGCUGGAUCAGAUCUUCUUGCCCACCAUACGCGCCACCAAGGACAUAGUCAUACUGAAGCUCAUCCUCAAGCUGAUCUGUGAGGCCUGGCUGGACUUCAUUUACAAGAAGCGCAUACGCUUCAGCGUCAAUGGAGCCCUGCGUCUGCUCAAUGAUUUCGAUGAUGUGCGCGAGUGGAUACUCAACUGCUCCCUGCUGGACGAGCAGCAGCUGGACAAGCUGAGCAAUCACGAGGUGCUGCGCAUGUGCAAGGGCGUGGGCAAGAUACUCCUACGCAAGCCGGAAGACAUCAUAUCGAUAACGCAGUCGCCGAGGUUUGACAAGAAGACAACCGACGCGAGUGCCCAGGACACACAGCUGCCAUCCGAAAUGUUCGUCUCCAAUCAGAAGCACUGGCUGCAGCUGCGCGCCAGUGCCAGCAAUGGGUUCCCUCUGAUGAAGCUCUGCUGCGGCGAUGGCAUGAUCUGAGCCGCAAAGCGAGUGUAGUAAAGAAUAGAAAUGUUUAUUGUGUCGCGCAAAUGCUUACAAAAAUUGAAAGAUCUAAAUACAUUGUGUGUGUAUAAGG